CUGCUUUUUUGUCAUUUUCUCAUAGACUUCUAUACAAACAGACUACUUUUAAUGCAGGUUCAAGACCCUUCGGCCUCGGUUCCACUUUUCGGAACCUGAUGUUUCGCCCUCAUCUGCUCUCAUUAGUGGAUCUAAUGCUGCUCCCUAAAUGCAAUCAGUUAGCUACAGAAUGCGGCUGCUCGAUGAACUGAUCUCCCUCCUCCUGAUCCUUCCCCCCCGUCCCUCCAGUCUCGGCACACAAGGGCCUUUUGUGCCAGAAGGGGAAUCACAGGACUCACAUGCGCCGGCAGGAGGGAGACUGAAGGAUCCCAGCAGAGGAGCAGAGCCGCGCCGGACCGGACGGGACCCCCGAGGAUGGAGAGCCUCCAAGCGGACCCGGAACACCAGGCGGGAGACGCGUCGGAAGAUGCAGAAGAACACGUGGAGACCAACAUGGAGAUCGCUCAGCUGCAGGGCCUGGUGGCGGAGCUGCGCGAGGGGCUCCACGGCGCCCUGACGGAGCUGUGCGAGCUGCGUCACAGGGACCACGGCCUGCAGGAGAAGCUCCGGCUCCAUCAGAGCGACGUGGACGACAAGAUCAUGGGCCUCAAGAACUCCCUCAACACCUUCAAGGAGGAGCUGGACGUGGUGUUGCUCCACACGAAGGAGGUGUCCUGCAGACAGAGGGAGGUGCAGAAGAAGAUGGAACUGUUGCCUGCAGAAAACAACAAAGAGCUUCUCUCUUUUCCUCACAGGAGGAGCUCCAGGGCAGAUGUUCUGUCGGCAUCUGGGGACGAGCACAUCUGCGUGGCCGGCCACUCGGACCUCAGCGCCGUUCAGCACUUCUUCUGCAGCAGCUCGCCUCAGAGGAGCACCACCUCCACGCACAGUGAGUCCAUCACCGCCGCCACGUCGCCUCCACCCGAGAGACCGUUGACUCACCUCCACCCGUGUGUCCUCUCAGCCUCCGUCUCCGAGCAGGAGGCCCAGAGAGGUUGUCCGUCCAAACCCACAGCGUGGGGGGAGAGGAGGGACAGCAGGGACGAGGCGGAGACGGGAAACAGCCGGAGACAGCGAGUGGCUCUGGAGCUGCUGGAGUCGGAGAGACUUUACGUGUCCCACCUGUCUCUGCUGCUGAAGGCCAACAUCACCUUCAACGGAUCCGAAGCCCUCGGCUCCAAAGACAAGCGCCCGUUUCCCAGCGCUCUGAGGUUUCUGAUCCAGCAGCACCUCGAGCUGCUUCACACUCUGCAGGACCGGGUGCUGAAGAGCCAGUGGCAAUGCAUCAUGGGGGAUGUGUUCAUGAGGCUCACCAGCAAAGAGAGUGAUUUCUUGGACCUUUACGUGUGCUACCUGAAGGAGCUCCCGGACUGUCUCUCCGUCGUCUCCAUGCUCGCCUCCAGCUCCCUGAAGUCUUCUGCUUUCCUGGAGAGUGAGACGAUAGGCGACGAAUCAAAACCUUCCCUCCACACUCUGCUCCUUCAGCCGGUUCAGAGGAUCCCCGAGUACCUGCUGCUGUUACAGGGUCUGCUGAGGCAGACCAACGCAGACCACCCGGACUACUACCUGCUGCUGGUUUGCAUCCAGCAGUUCAGGUCCUUCACGACCCAGUACCACCACCUCCUCCAGCACAACCAGGAGCUCCUGCUGCACAACCGCAAGGAGGUGAAGAGGUCUACCAUGACACAGCUGGUAAAGACGGUGGAAAGCGGGAUUCAAGCCAACAACAUUGGCUCACCGUACCCGUGCAACAGCACCCUGCUAGAACAUGCCAACCAGGUGAAGCGUAGCAAGCAGCGUCUCCUGGAGCAGAUCCAGUCCCAUCGUUUCCAGGAUUGGGAUCCUGAAAGUCACAGUUACGAUUCGGAGUGGCCCCCCCAGCUCCCGUUCUUCAACCCAGAUCUGGACUCACGAAACCACAAGCCAACAGGUCUCGGAAGCAUCCCAGAGAGCGAGGGGUCCGAGGUGGCCGGGUCAUGCCUGCGUCACCUGCCCUCCAGACCCGCGGACUUCCGUCAGGUUCACCCGGGAUCGGCCCUGGCCGACGCCCUGGGAGAGUUCCUCCUCCCUCCAGACCCCCCGGGGAUGGAGAGCCUCUACGAAGAGGACAGAUGCUCCCUUCGCGACGCGCCCAUGUUCGACCACUGCUCCUCAGCGUCUUCGGAUUCGUCCAUCGACAUCGCCUUCGUGAAGUGCCCCAAGGCGCCCUUGGUGUCGCAACACGCGAUGGCGGCAAAUGUGUCGACCACCCUCAACGUCUUUGGCAACAGCGCCAGCAGCCACGGGAACGGUUACAAGCCUCCCAACAGAGGAUGCGUGUCUCCGGACGAAGCGGUGAUGAUGCGUCGCAAUCAGCAUCGCCCCCUUCAGGCCAGCCAGCGCAAGAGCAAGUCUCUGAACGGCCUGCAGAUGGACAACACGCUGGUAUGCGGCCUGGACGGCGUUCCUCUGCCGGACCACCUCCAGAGGCUGGGACAGGGCAGCCACGCCAAGCUGGAGCGCCAGGGUAGUAAAGGCAGCAAAGGGGGGGCCACCCCGUCCCGAAGGGUCAACAGCCCCCCGGGGAACCGGGCGGACGUCGACCAACAGGCCGAAGACCUCCACGGGCUGCUCAGCAUUGACUCCGGUUUCCAGUCAUGGAGAGACGAGACAAAGUGGAGGACGGAGGAGAACAACCACACCGCUUUCAGCGAGAGGAGCCGGAAGCAGGAGAAAGGAGGCUUCAGGAGCUCGUUCAAGAAACUCUUCAAGAAGAAGAGCAGCGACGAGAAGAAAGAGAAGGGAGGCGAGAAGACGUCGGAGAAGCCCAACAGCGCUGAGCACGAGACACAAGGGAAGAACCCCAAGCUAGCACAUCUGGAGGUGAACCGCGGAACAGCUGUGUGAGCGCCGCGCUGUUUUACUACGAUUCUCAGCCCCUGAGAAGAAGCACUUUUCACACAAAGACCCAGUCUAGAGUCACACGUGACUCUGAAGUACUCGAGCUGGUGUGAGUGUUGCUAGUUCCGUUAGCGGUUAGCUAACCACGUGGUUGCAUGUCUAUCAUUUGACCUGAUCCAAACUGUAAAUAGCUCCAACUCCUUUAGUGUUACACAUUUAAUAAGCCUUCAUUUGCUCCCCAAAUCUCAGCUAUAUAACUCUUUUGAUUAAAGUAUGAUAUUGACAGGUGGGAAAGUAGUAAUGCUGAAUAUCGGCUUCUACGUUCCGGAUUCUUUGCUCUUAUUUUGAUGUUUCACUUCCUAAACAUCUGAAGCCUUAACCAGGAAGUGUCGUAUUGCGCAUAUACUCAGGAGAACAAACGCUUACUGGUUACUAGUUAUGUGUGUUUAAACAGUUAAAUGUCACAAUCAAGAAUGUUCAAUAAAAGUCAACACUGAAAAUGAAAUGAUUUGAA